AUGUAUGGUAAGUGGCGUCGUUUUAAUUUUAAAUGGCUUGAUGAGUAUGAUUGGUUGGAAUAUAGUAUAACAAAAGAUGCAGCUUUUUGCUUCUACUGCUAUUUGUUUCAAGAUGAAAACAUCAAUCAAGGGGGAGGAGAGGUAUUUUCAAGUAUAGGUUUUACAAGUUGGAAUAAGAAGAAAAGUUUUAAUGAGCAUAUUGGCGGACCAAACAGUGUUCAUAAUCAGUCAAGAAGAAAUGAUGAAGAUUUGAUGAGACAAAAACAAUCCAUUCAAACUGUACUUGCUAAACAGUCUGAUCAACAAAAGUUAGAAUACCGAACUCGUUUAGAAGCUGCAAUUGAUGUGAUAAGAUAUCUUUUGAACCAAGGAUUAUCAUUCCGGGGGCAUCGUGAAGACGAAUCAUCUUUUAAUAAAGGUAACUAUAUUGAACUUCUUAAAUGGUAUACUAAACGAUGUGAUAAUAUUGCUGAUGCAUUUAAAAAAGCUCCAAAGAAUAAUCAGUUGACUUCUCCAUACAUUCAAAGGGAUAUUAUCACUGCAUGUAAGAUGGAAACAGUUAAGUAUAUCAUUAAGGAUUUAAAUGAUGAUUACUUUUCCAUAUUAGUUGAUGAAUCUCGUGAUGUGUCAUGUAAGGAGCAAAUGGCUAUUGUUUUGAGGUAUGUUGAUAGAAGGGGGAGUGUAAUGGAGCGGUUUAUUGGUAUUGUUCAUGUUCGUGAUACUAGUGCUUUGUCCCUAAGAAAUGAAAUUGUUGGUUUACUUGCUCAACAUUCUUUAAGCCCAUCUUAUAUACGUGGACAAUGUUAUGAUGGAGCAAGCAAUAUGCAAGGAGAUUUAAAUGGGCUUAAAAUAUUGAUACAAAAAGAAAGUAAAGGUGCUCAUUCUAUUCAUUGCUUUGCUCAUCAACUCCAGUUAACUCUUGUUGCGAUUUCUAGAAGAUGUGAUGAAGUGCAGGAACUUUUAUUGUUGGUUUCUGAUAUAUUAAAUAUGGUUGGAGCUUCUUUCAAGCGUAGAGAUGAACUUCGUGAAUCUCAAGCAAAAGAAAUUGAAGAAGCAUUACGUAAAGGCGAGCUUGAAACUGCUUUUCAAAAGAAAGAGCAAGACAUUGCAAAUGCCAUGCUACUUGUUGGAGUGGCAAAGGAGCGACUGCAAAAACCAAGAGAAGAAGGUUGGGAUUCACUUAUUGAUGAGUUGCUACUGCUACAGUUGAAAGAGCUUUCUCUGCGAUGAAGUUGAUUAAUACUGACUUACGAAAUCGAAUGGAUGAUGAGCUUUUGAGUGGUUGUUUAGUACCUUAUAUAGAAAAAGAAGUAUUUAGUACUAUUUCUAAUGAGGACAUUA